AGCAGAGCUCGGAACCCCGCGGCCCGAAAGGAAGAAGAGAUGAACAGCCGCAGGUCGGAGCGCCCAGCCCAGUGGACUUCGAGCCGCCCCCAGGAUCCCAGAAGCGGCCUUAGCGGCUGCCGCCAACCACGAUAGCUGCCCGUUGUCCCCUGCGAGUGACGAGGAGGGCCGAAGCUCGGUGCCACCUGCUCGCCACUGCGCACCGGGGGCCCCCCGUCUGCUGCAGGAAACUGCAGGUUGUGCAGGUCUGGGUCUCGUCUUUGGAAGAACGAACAGAAAGAAAACUAAGACCAGGUUCCAGUGACCGGUUCCCCUAGUUCUCCGCGCUUUGGAAAGCUCGUUCUGCUCCCGAUCGCGAAAAAUUGGCCGUCACGGAGACGCGACUCGGAGACUGCACAGGCUGGGCCAACGGGACGAGACUGAAGAAGGCAGGUUGGAGGCGAGUCCAGAAGAUCUGAGGCUUGACCCUGGGAGCUUUACGGGGCUGUCCCAGCAUCGCCUAACAACAGAGCUCGCUCGAUCCUUGCUCGACUGGAGCGCUGCAAAGUGACCCGGCCCGCCGGCCCCCGCCAUGUCCACCCCCGGGGCUAAUACGUCGGACCCGUCGGUCCCUAACCGGGUGAACAGCCCGGUGACCAUCCCGGCGGUGAUGUUCAUCUUCGGGGUAGUGGGCAACCUGGUGGCCAUCGUGGUGCUGUGCAAGUCGCGCAAGGAGCAGAAGGAAACCACCUUCUACACGCUGGUGUGCGGGCUGGCGGUCACCGACCUGCUGGGCACUUUACUGGUGAGCCCGGUGACCAUCGCCACGUACAUGAAGGGCCAGUGGCCGGGGGACCAGGCGCUGUGUGAGUACAGCACCUUCAUCCUGCUCUUCUUCGGCCUGUCGGGGCUUAGCAUCAUCUGUGCCAUGAGCAUCGAGCGCUACCUGGCCAUCAACCACGCCUAUUUCUACAGCCACUACGUGGACAAGCGUCUGGCGGGUCUCACCCUCUUCGCCGUCUAUGCGUCCAACGUGCUCUUCUGCGCGCUGCCCAACAUGGGCCUCGGCCACUCGCGGCUCCAGUACCCCGACACCUGGUGCUUCAUCGACUGGACGUCCAACGUGACGGCGCACGCCGCCUUCUCCUACAUGUACGCGGGCUUCAGCUCCUUCCUCAUCCUCGCCACGGUGCUCUGCAACGUGCUGGUGUGCUGCGCGCUGCUCCGCAUGCACCGCCAGUUCAUGCGCCGCACCUCGCUGGGCACCGAGCAGCACCACGCGGCCGCCGCCGCCGCCGCCGCCGCCCUGGCCUCGGCCGCCACCACCAGCCGGGGACCCCAGGCCGCCGCCGCCGCCUCCUCCUCCCCCGCCCUGUCGCGCCUCGGCGACUUUCGCCGCCGCCGGAGCUUCCGCCGCAUCGCGGGCGCCGAGAUCCAGAUGGUCAUCCUGCUGAUCGCCACCUCCCUGGUGGUGCUCAUCUGCUCCAUCCCGCUCGUGGUGCGAGUGUUCAUCAACCAGCUCUACCGGCCAGUUUCGGAAAAAGACAUCAGCAAAAACCCGGAUCUGCAGGCUAUCCGCAUCGCUUCCGUGAACCCCAUCCUGGACCCCUGGAUUUACAUCCUGCUGCGGAAGACGGUGCUCAGUAAGGCCAUCGAGAAGAUCAAAUGCCUCUUCUGCCGCAUCGGGGGGUCCCGCCGGGAGCGCGCGGGGCCGCCCUGCUCGGAGAGUCGGAGGACGUCGUCGGCCCUGUCCAGCCACUCGCGCUCCUUCCUGUCCCGGGAGCUGCGGGAGGUCAGCAGCACCUCGCAGACGCUGCUCUACCUGCCCGAGCUCAGCGAGGGCGGCCUGGGGGGCAGGAGCUUGCUGCCCGGGGUGCCGGGCGUGGGCCUGCACCACGUGGAGAGCACGUCGCUGAGGACUUUGCGAAUCUCAGAGACCUCGGACUCGUCCCAGGGCUCCGAGCGGGUGCUCCUGGUGGACGAGGUCGCGGGCCGGAGCGGGGCCGCGCCCGCCCCGAAGGCCAGCUCCCUGCAAGUCACGUUUCCCAACGAACCCCUGAACUUCUCCGAAAAAUGUAUCUAGGCGCCCCGGGGAAGGGAAGAAACCCGGUUCUUCGGUGGCACCUAAAGGCCAGCGCUUUGUUGACUCGCUGUCCAGGGCAGCUGGAGCUGGGAGCACUUUUCAGACAAAUUCAUGCCCGUGGGGCCGUCGGAGGGCGUCCCCCCUCCACUCCCUUGCGCUCUCCGUGACACGCAGGAUUCCACGACUUGCCCCGGGGACACAGGUCACAACUCUUGAGGGCUGAGAAGUCUGACUCCGUUUCUCUACCUGAUGGAGAGGGUGGGGGGGAAGUUUGGCCAUUUUCGUGACGUCCAAAGUUGCGUCCUGCACAGAGCAGGCCCGGGACCAAGGGCUCUAUUCCAGUACACGAGGAGGGUUAGCUAGCGAGCGGUAUGGUUGGACUGGCACUCAAGCAUGAAAUGUGAAUUUUAUUGUUGUAAAUAUGAUUUCAGGUAUUUAAGGUGUUUCUUCUCUGUGAGAAGGUUUGUUGUUAAUACAAGGUAUAAUAAAAUUGUGGUAACCCCUCCCCCCUGUUAACCAGCUGAAGUUGCAGACGUCAGAAUUUAUUUUAUGAACCAAGUCAAGCGGAAGUUUUAGAAAUUCACAAACUACUAUCUAUAAAAUCAGUAUCAAAACCUUUUAAGUUAGGGUUUAAUGCGAUUAAACGAAUAAAGAAAAAUACUAUUUGACAUUCAGAGAACAAUCCAAGAUAUCAUUUACUAAGCUGUAAUAAGCAGUUGGGAACAUUGCUGAUGCUCCAUUUAUUCAUUCAGAAAACUGAUUUCGGGAGAACCUAGCACACUAGUAACAUUUUUUUUAUUUUUGUCCCCAUUAACUGGAACUUUUACAAAUGUAACAUAAAUUUUAAAGAAUCUUUCCUGAACGGCCUUUGAAGUAUAUAGUAGAAAAAUGAGUCUCAACCUCUGACUUUCCUCUUGAAAGCAUGCAGUUUGACUUUUCUAAGAAAUGAUGUAGAAUGUCCCUUACAAGUUGCGGGGAAAGGCAGCCGGCACCCUAAGGACGUUCAGAAAGUGUUUGUGAGAUGUGGGAAGUUAGGUGAAUUAGCCCUUCACAGAGUCCUACGUGUUGGCCAGAUGAAGAGGUGUAGCACUUGUCUGAGUAAGAUUCACCUCCUACCAGUCUCAUGAAACACCCCAGUGAUGCUGGGCUUACUUGAAGGGCCUUUAUCAAAGAAAUAUUAAGCAUGUUUUGCUGCUUAAAGUGUUUUUGUGAAUUGCUUGGUUGUAAUUAAAUUGAGCCUGUUAAGUGAUAAGAAGCAGUUGUACCAACUGAAAAUCUUUUGGAGACUAUAGUUAAAUAAAUGCUCUCAAUCUGAG